AUGGCUCAUCGCAUCGUCACCCAAGUCGUCGUUACCGGAGCGCGGGUCUUCGGCCGCGCUUUCGCCGAAGCCUACAGACAAGCCCAGGCUUCCGGAAAACACAAGGCUGUGAAGAAGGCCGCCGGAGUUACUUCCUCUACCCUGGCCCUCGAUGAAGCCUGCAAAAUCCUGAACGUCAAACCCCCCGUCGCCGGCGAAGCUGGCACCGCCGAGCAUGUUAUGGAGCGAUUCAAGAAGUUGUUCGACAUCAACGACCCUCAGAAGGGCGGUAGCUUCUACCUGCAGAGCAAGAUUCUGCGGGCACGCGAACGCAUAGAGAUGGAGAUCCGCGAGGCCGAACGCAAGGCCGCCACUGAAAAGGAACUUAGCGAAGGCUGGAAGCCCAAGGUCUACAAGGACCAAUGA